AAGUUCUACAGAAGAACUCCAAAAUUGCUGCUUGGAGAAGAGACCGAACUCCACAAGCAGAAAACCCAGGAAGAAAAACAAAAGAACUAUGGCAGUUACAUCCCAUCUGGCAAAGCUGAGCUGUCCUGGGUCUUUCUCUUCUUCUUCUUUUACUCAGCUUCCAUGCGACAAAGUUCUUCGUUUUCAAAAGAACGUGGCUUCAACAUCAGCCAGAUGGAGCUUGGGCAUCAAUGGCUCUAAGAAGCAAAGCAAACCCUUGUCGGUACGAGGCAUGGCUUCCUCAUUUGGGUCCAGGCUGGAGGAGAACGUGAAGAAGACAGUGGUUGAUAACCCAGUUGUUGUUUACUCCAAGACUUGGUGCUCGUAUUCUUCUGAGGUGAAAUCAUUGUUCAAGAGACUUGGAGUGAAUCCUUUGGUUAUUGAAUUGGAUGAAUUGGGUCCUCAAGGGCCCCAAGUGCAGAAGGUUCUGGAGCGGCUUACUGGACAACAUACUGUCCCAAAUGUUUUUAUUGGGGGCAAACACAUUGGCGGUUGUACAGAUACUGUGAAGCUAUAUCGUAAAGGAGAACUUGAAACUUUGCUGUCAGAAGCAAAUGCUAAAAAUACUGAGACCUAGCUCAUCAGGCAUGCUGUCAUUUUGCAUAUCUGAUCCCCCUGCAAAAUUGGAUCCUAUAACAAGAUUUGCCAUAUUCUUGCCACUGUUAACAGAAACAUUUAGUUCUAUUUCAUUUUUUUAGUUGAAAUCUCAAGAGGUCAUAUCUUCAUAACUCGUUGUUUAAAUUGUAUAUGAAAAUCACGAAGUUGUCGUAUGUAUCGUAUUUGAACCUUGUUUGGUAAUUUGUUCACUUCAAAACUCUUAGGACUUGUGGAUUUUUGAGUUUGGGAACAAUAUGAACCAAAUAUAAUGCUACAAAUACUUGGUAGUCUUUCCAAGGCA